AACUUUGUUCUCAAUAUAAAAGCAUGUUGCUACAGCUUUAAUGAAAGCUAAAAAAAACAUGAACAUGUUAGCAUUUAGCAUGAGGAAACUGGGUUUUCUUUUCAUUCUGAUUGUUUUGAAUAUUGUUGCACACGGAGAAGAAACAAAGAAUUUUUACAUUGUUUACUUGGGAGAUAGUCCAUUGAGCAAGCAAUCUGCAGUUCAAAAACACAUAGGCCUUCUUUCCUCUGUCAAAGGAAGUGAACAUGGUGCCAAAGAGUCCAUUGUUUAUAGCUACACCAAGAGCUUCAAUGCCUUUGCUGCCAAGCUAUCUGAAAAUGAGGCUGAAAUGUUGAAGGGUCUGGAUGAAGUGGCAUCGGUGUUUCCAAACCGAUAUCGGAAGCUACACACGACGAAAUCGUGGGACUUCAUUGGACUUCCUCUAACAGCUAAAAGAAAUUUGAAGUUUGAGAGGAACAUAAUUGUGGGUCUACUUGAUACAGGAAUUACUCCGCAGUCCGAGAGCUUUAAGGAUGAAGGAUUUGGUCCACCGCCCUCAAAAUGGAAGGGAACGUGCGGUCGUUUCAUGAAUUUCUCAGGCUGCAACAACAAGAUUAUAGGAGCUAAAUACUACAAGCUUGAUGGCAACCCCGACCCUGCCGACAUUUUAUCACCAAUAGACAUGGAUGGCCAUGGCACGCACACUUCAUCGACACUAGCAGGCAACCUGGUUCGAGAUGCAAAUCUUUACGGGCUAGCCAAGGGGACAGCUCGUGGUGCGGUGCCAUCAGCUAGGAUAGCAAUGUACAAAGUGUGCUGGGCCAGUUCAGGGUGUGCUGAUAUGGAUAUUCUUGCUGCAUUGGACGAUGCUACCAGCGAUGGAAUGGACAUUAUAUCGAUAUCGAUCGGCGGGGGAACUCAAGAUUUCGUGACCGAUUCUAUAUCAGUUGGUGCAUUUCAUGCCCUGAAGAAGGGAAUCGUUACCGUGACUUCUGCUGGGAAUGACGGUCCAAGUUUGAGUUCGGUUUCUAACUAUUCCCCAUGGCUUCUUACUGUAGCAGCGAGUGGCAUCGACCGACAGUUCAUGAGCACAGUCAAGUUGGGUAAUGGAAAAAGUUUUCAGGGAAUUGGAAUCAACACAUUCGAGUCAAAGGAAGGUCUUUACCCCGUUGUCAGUGGGGCCGAUGUUGCGAUGAACUCCGAAAGCAAGGAAAACGCAAGGUUCUGUUUCGAUAACACAUUGGAUCCCAGCAAGGUGAAAGGAAGGCUUGUUUAUUGCACACUAAGUCAAUGGGGUGUUGAUUCUGUUGUUAAAGGAAUUGGAGGCAUAGGCACCAUUGUUGAAAGUGAAAAAUACCUUGACACUGCACAAAUUUUUAUGGCACCAGCGACCAUGGUGAACUCAACUGUUGGUGAAACUAUACAAAAUUAUAUACAUUCCACAAGAUCACCUACAGCAGUGGUAUACAAGUCUGAGGAAGUCAAGAUUCCUGCUCCAUCUGUUGCUUCGUUUUCGUCUCGGGGUCCAAAUCCCGGCUCGCACCGUAUUCUCAAGCCUGAUAUUGCAGCCCCUGGCGUCGACAUAUUGGCAGCUUACACUCUUGUAAAGUCGCUAACAGGGCUCAAAGGCGACACCCAACGUUCAAAAUUCACUCUCAUGUCCGGCACUUCGAUGGCCUGCCCUCAUGUUGCAGGUGUUGCAGCCUAUGUAAAAUCGUUUCAUCCAACUUGGACACCAGCCGCCAUCAAAUCUGCAAUCAUGACCACCGCAAAACCGAUGAGCAAGAGGGUGAACAAGGAUGCCGAGUUUUCCUACGGUGCCGGUCAAUUGAACCCUGCAAGAGCCAUAAACCCAGGCCUAGUCUAUGACAUUGAUGAGAUGUCUUAUGUACAAUUCCUAUGCCAUGAAGGCUACAGUGGAUCAUCUAUAGCACAUUUAAUCGGCACAAAAUCCGUAAACUGCUCCUCAUUGCUUCCUGGAUUCGGCUAUGAUGCUCUUAACUACCCGUCGAUGCAGCUUAACAUGAAAAACAGCCAACAGCCGACCGUAGGUGUUUUCAAGAGACGAGUCACCAAUGUAGGUCCUCCAUCUGUGUACAAUGCUACCAUUAAGGCUCCUAAAGAACUGCAAAUCACGGUUAGGCCAACAAGUCUCCUGUUCACUCGUUUGUUGCAGAAGCGGAGUUUUAAGGUGGUGGUGGUAGCGAAACCCGAGCUGAGCACUAAAUUCAGGGUGCUAUCGGCUUCACUUGUAUGGAAAACCACUCAUCACACUGUGAGAAGUCCUAUUGUUGUUUACAGUCUCCCAGACUAAAAAUAGUAAAUCAUAUAUGAAAGAAAUGAUGGAGCAAGUGCAGAAUUAAUAAAAGGAAAGGCAGUUUAUAUAUAA